AUGACCACCCUCACCAGCGUCUCUCUCGCUUUUCUUGUUGCUCUUUUCUCAAUUUCCACUUCAACUUUUCUCCUUCAUCCAAACCUCACGACUUCAUUCCUCAAAUAUUUUGGCACUAAUGUUUCUCUUCAUAAACGUCAUAAGCCCUCUCAUCAUGGGAAAGUAGUAUCAAUUUGUGAUGAUUUUCCAGCCGAUUUCAUCCCUCCAGAUACUAACACAACCUCUUAUUUUGGUGUUGACCGGAAUGGAUGCUGUAACUUCACCACAGUUCAGUCUGCCGUUGAUGCAGUCGCGAAUUUCAGCCUGAAAAGGAACAUCAUAUUCAUCAACUCUGGCAUUUACUAUGAAAAAGUGAUUGUUCCAAGAACCAAACCAAAUAUAACAUUUCAAGGACAAGGUUAUACAUCGACUGCUAUUGUAUGGAACGACACGGCAAAGUCUGCAAAUGGCACAUUUUAUAGCGGUUCCGUUCAGGUUUUCGCGAACAACUUCAUUGCUAAGAACAUAAGUUUCAUGAAUGUGGCGCCGAUUCCGAAUCCAGGAGAUGUUGGAGCGCAGGCGGUUGCAAUUAGAGUAUCAGGAGAUGAAGCAGCGUUCUGGGGGUGCGGAUUCUUUGGAGCUCAAGACACUCUUCAUGAUGAUAGAGGUCGCCAUUACUUCAAAGAUUGUUAUAUUCAAGGUUCUAUUGAUUUCAUUUUUGGCAAUGGCAGGUCACUCUAUGAGAAUUGCGCGUUGAUUUCCAUAGCGAGCCCGGUAGCUCCAGGAUCGAAGUUAAUAAACGGAGCAGUAACAGCACAUGGAAGAACUUCAAAGGAUGAAAAUACAGGCUUUGCAUUUGUGAACUGCAGUGUGGGAGGAACAGGAAGAAUAUGGCUUGGCCGAGCUUGGAGACCUUUCUCUCGUGUCGUUUUUGCUUUGUCUUCCAUGACUGAUAUCAUCGCCCCGGAGGGCUGGAAUGACUUCAACGACCCUACCAGAGACCAGACUAUUUUCUACGGAGAAUACAAUUGCACAGGGGCGGGAGCAAAUAUGUCAAUGAGGGCAGCUUAUGUUCAGAGACUGAAUGAUACGCAGGCUUCUGCUUUCAUUAACAUGUCUUAUAUUGAAGGAGAUCAAUGGCUGCAACCUUACAAUUAAUUAAUUAAAUG